AGAGGGAACUAAUAUCAGAGCAAUAUCAGAGCAGCUAGGGUUUCAGAUUCAGGGGUUCAGAGAGAGAGAAAGUGAAGAUGUUCGCGUCAAUGUUUCCCCGGAAGCCGGACAAGGAGGUGGCUCUGAAGCAGCUCAAGAGCCACGUCGCCAUGUUCGGCGUUUGGGUCUCGGUGGUUCGUGUCGCCCCUUACAUUCUUCACUAUUUCUCCGACCAGAAAGACGAACUCAAGCUUGAUCUCUAAAUCCUCUCUCUGUUGGCCUGCAAGGGAAGGAAUGCUGGAAUGGAGAGCAAUUGCCUAUAUGUCUUUUGUUUUCUUUUUAUGUCUUGGCUCGUAGGUUCCGAAGCUCAGUAUUUGGGAGGCUAGCAAAUAUCUGUGGUAGUUUUUAAGUUAAUUUGAACCUCAUGGCAUUGAAGUAUUGAGUUUGUUUCAACUUAAUCUUGCUUGUCAAUCCGAAUGUCAUGUUAUAUA